AUGGCUUUCAUUUCCAGAUCGAAACCCCAUCUGUUGAGAGCUAGGGUUUAUCUCUCGCUUCCCAGAUCGUCAGACUCGGCUUUCCUCUCAUCCUCCCGUUUAUUCAGCUCAAUUGAAGUCACCCAGAAUCCAGUCGCAGACCCAGAAACCCAAUCUGCAGAUGCUGUGAAACCCGAGACGAAGAAUCUGGGCUCAAUCCCAGCGGAAGGGAGGCUCCCCAGGGAGAGAUUCCAGCGAGGUAAGCGUCAAAACCAUGAAAAUCUAGAGGAUACGAUAUGUAGAAUGAUGGAUAAUCGGGAAUGGACGACCCGAUUACAGAACUCGAUCCGAGAUCUCGUACCCGAAUGGGAUCAUUCGCUGGUGUAUAACGUCUUGCACGGUGCCCGGAAACUCGAUCACGCCCUCCAGUUCUUCCGGUGGUCGGAGAGAUCCGGAUUGAUCCGCCACGAUAGAGAUACGCAUAUGAAAAUGAUUGAGAUGCUGGGGCAGGCCGAGAAGCUCAACCAUGCUCGGUGCAUUCUCUUGGAUAUGCCUGAAAAGGGUGUUCCUUGGGACGAGGACAUGUUUGUGGUGCUCAUAGAUAGCUAUGGCAAAGCCGGUAUCGUUCAGGAGUCUGUUAAAAUCUUCCAGAAGAUGAAGGAUUUGGGUGUGGAGAGGACGAUCAAGUCGUACGAUACUCUGUUCAAGGUGAUUCUCAGGCGUGGUAGGUACAUGAUGGCGAAACGGUACUUCAACAAGAUGGUUAGUGAAGGUAUAGAGCCGAGCAGGCACACUUACAAUCUGAUGCUUUGGGGAUUCUUCUUGUCUCUGAGGCUAGAGACUGCCUUGAGGUUCUUUGAAGAUAUGAAAACUCGAGGGAUCUCGCCGGAUGUUGUGACCUACAACACUAUGAUCAAUGGGUUCUGCCGGUUUAAGAAGAUGGACGAGGCGGAGAAGUUUUUCGUGGAGAUGAAAGGGAAAAACAUCGAGCCUAGUGUUGUGAGUUACACGACGAUGAUCAAAGGGUAUCUUUCAGUGGACAGAGUUGAUGACGGGUUGAGAGUCUUUGAGGAGAUGAGAUCUUUUGGUAUUGAGCCCAAUGCUACCACGUACUCCACGUUGUUGCCAGGUCUGUGUGAUGCUGGUAAAAUGGUGGAGGCUAAGACUAUCUUGAAGAGCAUGAUGGCGAAACACAUUGCUCCGAAAGAUAACUCCAUCUUCCUAAAGCUUUUGGUCUCCCAGAGCAAAGCUGGGGAUAUGGCGGCUGCCACUGAGGUGCUCAAAGCCAUGGCGACGCUGAACGUUCCAGCAGAAGCUGGACACUACGGUGUCUUGAUCGAGAAUCAAUGCAAGGCUAAUGCAUACAAUCGUGCUAUCAAGCUUUUAGACAUUCUACUUGAGAAAGAAAUCAUAUUGAGGCAUCAGGAUACUCUGGAAAUGGAGCCCACCGCUUACAACCCAAUCAUCGAGUAUUUGUGCAACAAUGGCCAAACCUCGAAAGCGGAGGUGCUUUUCAGGCAGCUGAUGAAAAGAGGUGUGCAAGACCAAGAUGCAUUGAACAAUCUGAUCCGUGGUCACGCGAAGGAAGGAAACCCAGAUUCUAGCUACGAUAUUCUGAAGAUCAUGUCGAGGAGAGGUGUCCCUAGAGAAGCAAACGCGUACGAGCUGCUCAUCAAGAGCUACAUGAGCAAAGGCGAGCCUGGAGACGCCAAAACCGCGCUGGACAGCAUGAUCGAAGACGGACAUGUCCCGGACUCAUCUCUUUUCAGGUCAGUGAUUGAGAGUUUGUUUGAGGAUGGUAGGGUGCAGACGGCAAGCCGUGUGAUGAUGAUCAUGAUUGAUAAAAACGUUGGCAUCGAAGAAAACAUGGAUUUGGUUGCCAAGCUCUUGGAAGCUCUCUUGAUGAGAGGGCACGUGGAAGAAGCCCUUGGCCGUAUUGAUCUUCUGAGUCAAAACGGACACACCGCUGAUCUGGACAGCCUCUUAUCCGUCCUGAGCGAGAAAGGGAAGACGAUUGCAGCAUUGAAGCUGUUAGAUUUCGGGUUGGAGAGGGAUCUUAGCUUGGAGUUUUCGAGCUACGAGAAGGUGUUGGAUGCGCUUUUAGGAGCUGGUAAGACUCUGAACGCGUACUCGGUUCUGUGUAAGAUCAUGGAGAAAGGAAGUGUAAGCGACUGGAAGAGCUGCGAUGAACUGAUCAAGAGCUUGAACCAGGAAGGGAACACCAGGCAAGCAGAUGUUCUUUCUAGAAUGAUCAAGAAGGGACCAGGAUUCAAGAAAGACAAGAAACAGAACACUGUCUCUCUAUAG